UCUCUCUCUCUCAUUCUUCUCCAUCUUCUUCAUCUCCACUCACCAACACCACCACCAUAUCCUCUUUACAUUUAGUUGCAAUCUGAAACAAAGCUUCUGUUUUGUCUCCUUUUAAUUUUUGUUUCAAAUUUGCUUAAUGCUUACUGUGUCUUGAAGAGAUAUCAAUGUCUAUGUCCUUGGAGCAUGAUUACAUAGGCUUAUCAGAGUCCAUGGAAGCCUCUGACAAGGGAGGAGCUGCAGCUUGGAACCUCAAAGCCACUGAGCUCAGGCUGGGCUUGCCUGGCUCUGAGUCCCCUAAGAGAGAUAGUGUGGAGGACAAAACUGGGUUUUCACUUAAACCCUGUGUGUCUGGAGCCAAGAGGGUGUUCUCUGACGCCAUUGAUGGAGCUUCUGGGAAGUGGGUUUUCUCUGGGAGUGGUGGAUCUGAAGCUGAGUUGGGUAAAGGUGGUAGCUUGGUAUCUCCUAGAGGUGUUAAUGGUGGCAAAGGUCUUGCUGGGUCUGAGUGUAAAAGUCAACAAAUCUCUGCUGUGAAAGAUGGGGUUUUACAACAGUCUCCAAACCCGUUGCAUGAGAAGAAGCCUCAGGUUUCUGCUCCUGCUGCAAAGGCUCAGGUUGUUGGAUGGCCACCAAUUCGUUCAUUCCGGAAGAAUUCAAUGGCAUCCAUUCCUUCCAAAAAGGAUGAUGAUGCAGAAGGCAAGAUGGGAGCAGGGUGUCUUUAUAUUAAGGUCAGCAUGGAUGGUGCACCAUACCUGAGGAAAGUUGAUCUCAAAACCUAUGGCAGCUAUGUGGAUCUAUCAUUAGCUUUGGAAAAGAUGUUCAGCUGCUUUACAAUUGGUCAAUGUGGCCCACAUGGAGUUUCAAGUCAAGAUGGAAUGAGCGAGAGUCGAUUAAUGGAUCUUCUCCAUGGUGCUGAAUACGUCCUCACCUAUGAAGACAAGGAUGGUGAUUGGAUGCUAGUUGGUGAUGUCCCCUGGCAAAUGUUCACCGACUCGUGUAGAAGGAUGAGGAUUAUGAAGAGUUCAGAAGCUAUAGGGCUAGCCCCAAGGGCCAUGCAGAAGUGCAAAAAUAGUAAUUAGUAUCAUCAUCACCAUGAAUGGAUACUCUAAGCAAAGUGAUGUUGGAGGUAGCUGUUAUCAGCAACCAAGGUGGCACCUGAGUAGCUCACAAGAUUGGGCUCUGAAUGGCUCAUAAGGUGGAGGUAGCUGUUAUCAGCAUAUCUAUGCUUCUACAUAUUGAAUAUCUAGGGUAACAAACUAAUGGAAAAUCGGUACUGUAAACAUGUCUAGUUUAAUUCAUGCUCUCCCCUUUUAAGUUGUAUUCUUAUAGCUGGCUGCAAAGCUAGUCGACAAUCCUUUUGAACAGUACAAAGGGAAAUGAACAAUGUACUGAAUGUAGU